AUGACUAAGCAUGCAAAUCUUUUAAUUACUGUUCAAAGAAGUCUUCUUAAAGCCCACUUUUCUGAUUUAAAAUUUCAAGAUACUGACCUUGAUAAUGCAAUUCAAAAGUUUAAAAAAACUAAUAAAAGUGUAUAUAGGAAUAAUAAUGCAUCAACUUUACUUAUAGUAUUGAUGAAAAAGAAAAUCUUGAAUCCACAUAAUGCUGUAAACCAAACAAUAGAAACCUCAGCUAAUGAUUUUGAUGAGUCAAGUUUAUCUGGAAUGGAUGAAAUAGAAGAAUCUGAUAAUAAUACAGUUGAAUCUGUUAUCUUGGAUCUUGCUAAUAUUAAAAAUCUUUCUUAUAUUGUUGAUAAAGGAAGACCUCAAAGCAAAGAUGCCAAA